ACCCGGGUGGGAGGGGGCGAGGCCUGAGGGCUGCCUGGGUAGGGUCCGAGGUGAACCCCGGUCUCUCCCUUGUCGGUGUCCUGGCCAUGGUGGGGUCGGCGUGAGGAGCCGGUGAACGGCGGCGGCCCCCUCGGUCCCCGGCCCAUGGUGCUGCCCCCCUGCCCCAUGGCGGAGUUCGUGGUGCCGCGGCACAGCGCGGUGAUGGAGCGGCUCCGCCGGCGCAUAGAGCUGUGCCGGCGGCACCACAGCGCCUGCGAGUCCCGCUACCAGGCCGUGUCCCCAGAGCGCCUGGAGCUGGAGCGCCAACAAACCUUCGCUUUGCACCAGCGCUGCCUGCAGGCCAAGGCCAAGCGGGCCGGGAAACACCGCCAGCCUCCCCCGGCGCCGCCGCCGCCUGCCCCUCCUCCUCCUCCUGCUGUGGUUGCGGGCAACGCCGACAGGACUGGAGCCAACGGCCUCGACACUGACGCCGCGAGCAGCGAGCAGCACGGCCGCAGCAGUACCCUGAUAGCGCAGCUCCAUGAGACGGUGAAAAGAAAACUUGAUAGCGCUGCUUCCCCUCAGAAUGGAGAUCAACAGAAUGGGUAUGGGGAUAUGUUUUCUGUGUCCAAGAAAUUACGUCGUGAGGAUGGUCUUGGUGGGGUAAGUGGCUCCUCCAAUGGUAUACCUCCUUUAUCCCCACUUCAUCAACUUGACAAGAAAUCUUCCGGUGGAGAUACCUUACAGCUCAAUGGAAAACAUUCAGUAGGACUGGACAGCAUCAGUAAAAAGUGUCUUCCAGAUUCUAACCUUCAGCUGAAUGGGCGUAGUGAUGCUGAUGACUCAUUUUCUUUGGGUUUGAACAAAGAGCUCAAGCAAGAGCCUGUGGAUGACCUUCCUUGUAUGAUUGCUGGAGCAGGUGGUUCUAUAUCUCAGAACAACUUGAUGCCUGAUCUUAAUCUUAAUGAGCAGGAAUGGAAGGAGCUCAUUGAUGAACUUAAUAGAUCAGUGCCCGAUGAAGACAUGAAGGAUCUAUUUAAUGAAGACUUUGAGGAGAAGAAGGAUGCAGAUUCUUCAAAUUCAGCUGCACAAACUCCAUUGCCACAAGACAUUAACAUAAAGACUGAAUUUUCCCCAGCAGCCUUUGAACAGGAACAGCAGAUGGGGUCUCCACAAGUCAGAUCCACUUCUUCAGGUCCAACAUUCAUUGGAGCCUCCUCUGUACCUGUUAGUGCUGCUUCUCCAGCAGUUGGGGGCUCUCAGACUAUGUUCCAGUCUUCCAGUCAGCCAGUGAUUGAAAAUCCUAACCAGUCUAUGAUGCAGGCAUCAAACCAGUCUCAAAAUGUGCAGAGGCCUCUACCCAAUGUAUUAUUAUCUGGACAGGGCACAGGAAAUGCCAAAGAAAUGUCCUCUGCUCACCAACUUCAACAGAUGGCUGCUAAGCAGAAGAGAGACCAGAUGUUGCAGAACCAGCAGCAGGCUUCGCAAGUCCAUCAAACCAGUCAGCUGUCCAGCUGGCAGCAGUCUGGACCUUCUCAUAGUCCACUGGGUGUCCCCUACACAAUGGACAAUCCCACCAGUCCUUCAGUUUACCAACAGGACUUCAGUAACCAGAAACUCGUAAUUCCUAGUAUGACAAAUAAGAGUUCUCCCAGGAAUGGAGGCAAUUACCAUGUGAAUAUGUUGAGUCAUCAGUCAAACAGCCUGAACCAGAACCCUGUAAAUAGCCAAGGCUCCAUGCUAGAUUAUGGCAACACAAAACCCCUUUCCCAUUACAAAGCAGAGUGUGAGCAAGGAGUUACAGUACCUGGCCAGAACAAGCCACCUAUGUUGGCAUAUCUUCAGCAGCGCCAGCAACCGCCACUGCCUCAGAUGAGUGAAGAACAAAAUGGGAUGUUCCUGGUGAAGCAGAAGUCUGGAAAUAUUGCCUACAGACCUCUAGUACCACACAGCCAGGAUCAAAACCCUUCUCCCAGUGUUCCUCGUGUUCCUGUUUCUGUCCCAGGCCCUGGUGUCAGUGCUCAGCCUUCCAGUGUUUCCAUGGCAGGUAACCAUAACAACACAGCCUAUCUCAGUAAUCAGCAGCAAGCAGUGGUAAUGAAGCAACACCAGAUGUUACUGGACCAGCAGAAGCAGCAACAAAAGCAUUUGCUGAUGGAGCAACAGAAGCAGCAGUUCCUAAUAGGGCAGAGGCAGCAACAACUCCUAGCAGAACAGGAAAAGCGGCACCAACAAGAGCAGCAGCUCCAGCGGCACCUGACCCGACCACCCCCUCAAUACCAAGAUCAGGCACAGAACCCUUACCAGCAGCAGGUUGGACAGUUCACAGGGUCGUCUCCAGCCAUGACCGGGGUAAGUAACUUAGGACAGCCCAACUCCAGCAGUCCACGGAUGUUUUCUCAGACCCAGAACAUGAUUCAGAUUGGAUCUGGACACAGCUCUGUUCCUCCUCUCCAAUCAGGCUCCAGUCAGCAGGAUCGAGGUGUGACUCAGUAUACUAGUAUGCAAAACAUUCAGCGAGGGGGGCUGUACAGCAUGACAUCUGGUAUGACCCAAAUGAUUUCACAGCAUGCAAAUCAAAGUGCCAACGGACAACUACAGAUGCAAAGGCAGCCCAGCUUGGGUCAGGGCACUCCUGUUCCUGCAGGGUAUGGGCAGAGCACCCUGGGAAACCCAAGCAUUUCUCAGCAGCACAAUAAGGGGGCACUGAAUCCAACCAUAGCCAAGCCACAGAUGGCAAGAGUGCCAGCAGCUAUUGGCGCCCAAAAUCCAUCUUGGCAACACCAAGGUAUGCCUAAUAUGAAUAACCAGACACAAGGAAAUGGUGGCUUAGGGUCAUUUACUGCUAGCUCCACUUUCCACAUGCAGCAAACUCACCUAAAGAUGGCCAGCCAGCAGUUUGCUCCAGGGAUGCCUCAGGUCAGCCUAAGCACCAGCAGAUCAAUGGCCUCCAUGAACUCUGCCGUCUCUGGGCAGCUGUUGUCAUCUUUAGGUGCACAGCAGAGGACAAACCCACCUACCCAACAGCAGGUACCCUCGCAACAAGUUUUGCCUAGCAUGAGCCAGGCCGUUCCAGAUCUGACUGCUUUUGGCCAGAAUCCAAAUCAGCAACUGCCCAAUAGAGCCAAUCUGCACUGUACUCAAGGUUACUCAGUGAGGACAACCAGUCAGGAGCUGCCUUUUGCCUACAGUGGCCAAUCAGGCAAUAAUGGACUGCAGAGCUUGACUGGUGACACAGACCUGAUAGACUCUUUGCUGAAAAACAGGACUUCAGAGGAAUGGAUGAAUGACUUGGAUGAACUGUUAGGAAAUCAUUAAAAUGAGGCUUGAGGGUUUUCUACUUUUUUUUUAAAUUUCGUGAAAUAUAAACUACACUUGGACCAAAAACCUGUGGCAUUGAAGAGACUUGCAGGCAUUAGAAGUAAAUGGUUGGGAAAUGGACUGGAGCUGCUUCCCAACAGGCUUCGACACAUAAUGGUGCACCAAGCAGGUCUGCAAUGACCAUGCGUUUAUUUUUGUGGCAUCUGUGGAGCACAUUUGAACAGGUCAGGCAAAUUUGUGUGCAUCCAAGUCGGCCCUUCAGAAAUCUCACUUGCAUUGUUUUGAAACUUAGGUUUUUAAUUAUUUAAAAAUAAACAAAAACCCACAACAAUGGGGGUGCAGAAAGACAGCAAAUAAAACUGCAAGUAUUUUGUGUUAGGGCUUAUUCUCCUGCAGCUAAUACUUGAGUUGAUUAUUGUUCCCAGCUUGGCAUGCUACUAGCUACAGUAUUGCCCUACCAAAUUUUUAACUUCAUUUUUGCCAGAGGAGAAGAUGUGCACCUCAGUACAUUUGCAAAACAUUCUUUAUGUUGAGUCAGUCCUUUUUCCCCACCAGUGAAGUGUGUGCCUGUACUCUCAACAGGCAAGUGGUAUUUCACAAUAAUAUUUACAGCAAAUUUUUCUGAAUGCUGGUGAUAGAUGAAAGUGUUAAAACCCGGCUAGCUGGCCUAGGUUAGUGACUUCCUUAUGAAUUGUGGAUAGGGUGACCAGAUGUCCUGAUUUUAUAGGGAUAGUCCUGAUUUUUGGGUUUCUUAUAUAGGCUUCUAUUACACCCCUGCCCACCACACCCACACACCCCCCCCCCCACACACACACACACCCUCUGUCCCAAUUUUUCAUAUUUGCUGUCUGGUCACUCUAAUUGUGGACUCCCAAGUUCCAGUUUGCACUCUGUUGUGGAGGGACACAGAGUUCCUGGCUUUUACCUUGCUCAGUUUAUAGAGGGACUUAUGGGAGAACUUUUCAGAUAUAUCAGACUUAAAACAUAAACCAGUUUAAUUUGCACGUUUCAUCAUAACUCAUUUCCAAAGGUAGCUGUGUUUAAAUGAGGGCUUUGCCCCAUCACAGCUCAUCUUGUUUUACUGUUUGUUUCUGCAGUGUAUUUCUUCUAUUUCAGUCUUCUCCAAAACUAAAUACAGAAAUGCCAUAAGCACAAGAUUUUGUCACUUUAGGAUCAAGUGCAUAAAAGCCACACUGGGCUGAGAAGUGUAAAGUCCUUAUUAAAAUGUAAAUAUCUGCAAGUAAUAGCACAGGGAGCCUGGAAAAAUAUUAACCUUGUUUCAAGGUUGCUCCAGUGUGAAAAUCUCCCACUUUCACAAACUAGGGGGGAGGGAGGGAGUAUUUAGUUAGUCUUUCUGUGAACAGGUGGAUUGCCUUCUCUCAUCUUACUUGAAGCAGAAGCCCACGGAGACCGUUCACCCUCACCCAGAUGUGUUAGGCUCAGUCUCACACAGGGUAUGAAAAGCAAUGAGAGCAGUCAAUGUUCUAAAGUCCUUACUUGCUACCAAAUAUUCCCCUCUCACCAACAAACCACCUUGCCUUAACUUUUAAUUUAAAAUGGAAAUAAAUUUUAUUUGGUUUAGCUGCACAAAUACCUCUUUCCCUCCAAGCCCCAUUUAAAAAAAACAGUGGGCCAACUUUUUUCCAUUUUUGUAAAGCUUAAAAUUUUCCAGCAUUAUGAUUAAAAGGAUUUCCUUCAACACAGACUUGUAUCUUCAGGAGCCUUUCUGCACUGCAGAAGCAUGGGGGAUUUUAAGCUUUUUUUUUAUUUUUGUGCGGGGGAAUGAGGGGAGAGUGAAGGAUAAAAGUUAAUUCUAGGAAGGAAAAUAUUUUACUGUCUCUGCAGCUCAUUUAUCAGACAACUUGCACUUUUUAAAAAACAAACUGUUUUUAACACUAAUAAGUUUAAUUUAACCCUGUCCAAAUACACAGGAACCUAGUUUUGUCGUACUCAUUUACCUAAUGUGAGUUAAUUAUGCCCUGUUAAACAGAGUUUAGAUGAUAUAGAUGCUGUUGAUAGCUGUAUGUUGACCAGUGGAUUUUGCCAUUGAAUAGAUAGAGAUUGAAAUUCCACUGUAGCAAAUUAAAUCCCUUGUAGGUUAUUUAAAACAAGGUAAGAUAGGAAGUUGAUCACUGAAUGAGAAGUAAGUGCCAGUGACACUGGUAUUAGUGACACUGUUUUUAAGAUUUUUCUAGGUAAAAUAGCUGAGGUUUAAAUUUACUAAUCCUAACUUCUCUGGUAUCAACAACUGGGGGGGGGGGGAACUUUAGUAAGAUUGGUUUUAAUAUUGCAUUAAACAAAAAAUUGGGCCAAGAAAAAUUUCACAAUAGUCUUCUGAAUCUAUUAACCUUUUUUUUUUUUUUUUUUUUGGGGGGGGGGGAGGAAAGAGACGGGGGAAUGGGGCAUUCAUUGUACACUUUUUUUUUUUAAUGUGUUAACUUUGCACCAGUGUGCCUUCCUUUUAUGUUGGGGGUGCUUGGGACCUCAUUCUUAACAGUGGCAUCCUGUAAUGUCACUUUUCUUCCUACUUAUCAAACACUGAGAAAUAACAGGGUGGUAGGAUUUAAAUCCUAUUUCUUCCCUGUUUAUUAUGUGGUGAAAUCCUCCACAUUGUUCAGUGAAUUUAACACACGGAAGUUAGUUCUAAAACAAAAUAUAAUCCAUCAUUAUUCCAUAAUCUGAGGGACAGAAGAUCUGUUUAGCAUACCUGCUACCAAAAAAGACACUGUGUCUAUAUACAUACAGACUCUCACACAGAAGAAACUACAGAGGUACUGUUCCCUCCAUUGUUGUGGAAGCUGAUGGAUAUUGCCCUACAUGACUUGAGAGUUUGUUCAUGGUGGUGUCCUGAUUUGACUGUAGGGCCUUGUCUGCAAUAGCCACGGUACUGUUUAAACACUUUUCAAACAUGGUUGUAGGCAAACUGGUUUAUAACAUCUUUUGGUCAUCAUGUGCAAACAGUGUUAAACCUGGGUUUAGAACUGUUUGAACUUGGUCUUGACUGCUAUUUUAUUUUUAAACACACACGUUGUUUGUCCCCGACUACACAACACAAUGAAACUUAAAACAGUGUUUAAAGACAGUUCAGUGGACAUUGAAAAUGGGUUCUAGAUGUACAUAAGUGCAUGGAUGAAGAUGGGCUAUGCGUUGUCCUUAAACUCUUCUACAUGUAGUUGUUUAUAUAUGCACUUGGGUUUUCCAUUUUGAUGCGGUUUCAGAGCAAUAAGAUGUAGUUCGCCUUUACCUAGCCACAGCCGCCCAUGGCUUUAUUUAUAAACUGCGGUUUUGGGUAGUUGGGAAGGGGUCAGAAUUGUCACUGUGCAACAUCCGCUGCCUUCCAAAAACCACAACUCAAUUGAAAAGGGUGCUCAAACUUUUGUUAUACACAUUUCCUUUGUGUAAAUAAAUGUUUACAGUUUUAUAUUAAAGAUUGAAUAAGUUAGAUCUUCUGACUGUAUAUUUUUUACUUUUUAUAGAUUUUAAAACUAUAAUUCUUUAUAUAUGUGUUUUUGGGGGGUUAUGCUAAGUUUUAUGCUUGUAAAUGGAGAAUAAUUGAAUUUGAUGUUUAACUUUUGUUUUUGUCAUUGAAAUGUAUGAAGAGCCCAUUAAUCCCCUUAUUCUUUUACUACAAUUACUGGUGCACACCAAAAAAGAAAUCCUUCAUUUCUGUUUUAUCGUUAUAAAAAUAAAUAUUUUGCUAGUGUAUUAAACAUA